GACGCGGUUCUGGGCCGGUUCCUCUGGAAUCGUGUGGAUUUAUUAAGGGUGCAUGUGGAACACAUCCACGCCAGGAAUUCCCAUUGGGGUCUUCGUUGAAAUACAAUGUAUUUGCCUUUUCUGAUUCUUUUCUUCGUCUAUUUGCCUUCAGCCAAAAUAGGAGCCGUUCUUGAUGUCACGCUGGUGUCUGUGGCCCCUUCACAUCGUGGGGCUGACUUCACCUUGCGGUGCGUGACAGGGGAACGGGACAUGAAAGGCUCGGACUUGCUGAUCGAACGCGAUAACACAAUCGUCCGCAUCCCGUCCAAGUCUCCAUUCCACACAAGCUCACAGGGGAACGAGGUGCAAGCGCGCGGAUUCUCACCCAGCGAGCUAGUGGGUGUUUUCUACUGCGCCGGGAAGGGUUCGGCCGAACUGACCAAAAUACUGUAUGCCUAUAACAACCCAAACGCGGAUCUGCUUCCCGUUAAAGUCACUGUGACGGUGAGUGUGAACCAGGAUGUCCAGCUGGAGGCCAAGAUCAAGAAGCAAAAAAACAAUGACAUCUUAUGGAAAUACAAUGGAACCUUCACACAGACGACAUACAAGGAGGGGGUGACUGAUGGAAUUGCCCUGCUGACCAUCAGAGGGGUUAAAGUGAGCCAGGCAGGAGUGUACAGCGCCGGGUUCAUCGGGGCAAGUCCUCUCCUGAAUGCCUUCUUCAGGCUCAUUGUCAGAGGGUGUCCUGAUAAUAAAUGGGGUCCCUCGUGCCAGAAAGAGUGUCUUGAUUGUCUUAAUGGUGGGAUUUGCCAUGACAGCAGCGGAGAAUGUAUCUGUGCUCCGGGAUUUAUGGGAACCCAUUGCGAGAAAGCCUGCAGGGAAGGAACCUUUGGCAGAAAUUGCCGGGAGACGUGCAAAAGAGAAAACGGCUGUAAAGGUCUCAUUUUCUGCCUUCCUGACCCAUACGGUUGUUCGUGUGCCAGCGGCUGGACCGGCCCGAACUGCCAAACAGCCUGUCCGGAGAAUAAAUACGGAGCAAACUGUGCCUUGCAAUGUGAGUGCGAGAGCGGAGGAUCUUGCAACAGAUUUAGUGGCUGCGUGUGUCCGUCGGGCUGGCACGGAAAAAACUGCGAGAAGUCAGACAGGAUUCCCCAGAUCAUAGACCUGCCAUCUGAGAUCGAGUUCAACGUGAAUUCUACAGCCCUCCUGACAUGCGCGGCAUCUGGUAACCCCCAGCCUGUGCGGGAGAGCAUCGUGCUACGUAGACCAGAUGGCGCUGUGCUUGCCGCUAGUAAAGCAGUGCUAGACCAGGAGCGUAGCACCUGCGAGUUCAUGGUACAGUCACUGAGCCUGGUGGACAAUGGACUUUGGGAAUGUCGCGUGUCCACCAGUGGAGGUCAGGACAGCCGAAAGUUCCAAGUACAUGUUAGAGAGCCCCCUGUACCGUUGGAGCCACCAGUUUUGCUGGAAAAGCACAGUCGGAAAUUACUUGUGGCUCCGUUUCGGCGUUUCUCAGGCAAUGGACCCGUUACUUCUGUGAAGAUAUUCUACAAACCCAAGGAUGGCAACUCUCACUGGACCACUAUCGUAGCUGAACAGAAAGACAACAUCAGUCUGGAGAACCUCACGCCUCUCACGGCUUACCUGGUACAAGUGCAGCUCAGCCGGCCGGGAUCUGGCGGGGAGGGCUCCUUGGGGCCCUUGGCUAUUAUGGAGACAGAUUGCCAAGAGCCUGUGAUGAAGCCUGUCAUCAAAGGUUUUUCUGUAGAGGACAGGAACACGCUGUAUGUCAACUGGCAAUUGCCCCCGGGGCCAGCGAUUGGCACCGGCUUCUUGCUGCGAGUGUAUCAUCCCCAUAACCAUCUAGUUCGGCAAGAGAACAUAACCACAAUGCUCGUCAUGUCAGCCCGGAUGUACGGUCUCAGCACCAACAAGGAGUACGUCCUCAAAGUUCUAAUCUACCAUUGCACAAGUCUGGGUCCCCCAUCUGAUCCCUUCGUGAUCACGAUCAACAGCAAGGGUCCAUCGCCCCCAAAGGAUGUCCAUGCAAUCCCCAUUUCCAGGGACACUGUGAAGGUCACCUGGUCGCCCCCCGAUGACCCAAAUGGAGGAAUCAUUAAGUACACAGUUGAGAGCCACAGAGUAGGAGUCCCCGGCGAGCAGCAAUGGGCCGACACAGAGAACCAAAACCAAACGUGGUAUAUAAUCAGCGGCCUUAACGCCAGCACCGAGUACCAGUUCCGCGUGCGUGCGAACUCCAGGGUACCGGGAGACUGGAGCCAGCAUGUCACAGCAUCCACUAACAGUGAAGAAUUACAAGAUAUUAUACCCAGCAUGGAGUUCCGGAAUCCUCAGUCCUCUGGAUCAGAUCACCAACUAAUUGUGGCCAUUAUUGGCUCGGUUUCAGUCACCUGCUUCACCAUCAUUGUUGCUCUUCUUGCCCUCUUCUGUAUCAAAAAGAACUUAUUUCGCCGAAAGAGAAUGUUCACUUACCAGUCUGGAUCCGGAGAGGAGACCAUCUUGCAAUUCAGUUCUGGAACGCUGACCCUCACUCGGCGCCCGAAACCUCAGACGGAGCCAUUCUCCUACCCUAUUCUGGAAUGGGUAGACAUUAAAUUUGAAGAUGUCAUCGGAGAAGGAAACUUUGGCCAAGUCAUCAAGGCCAUGAUUAAAAAGGACGGCGUGAGGGUGAAUGCGGCCAUCAAGAUGCUGAAAGAAUUUGCAUCCGAGAACGAUCACAGGGAUUUUGCCGGCGAGCUGGAGGUGCUGUGUAAACUCGGUCAUCACCCCAAUAUCAUUAACCUACUGGGAGCCUGCGAGUACCGAGGAUACCUGUACAUUGCCAUUGAAUACGCGCCUUACGGGAACUUGCUUGACUUCUUACGGAAGAGCCGGGUCCUUGAGACCGAUCCGGUAUUCGCCCGGGAGCACGGCACGGCCUCCACGCUGACCUCCCAGCAGCUGCUGCAGUUCGCGUCGGACGUCGCAAAAGGAAUGCAGUACCUUAGUGAAAAGCAGUUCAUUCACAGAGACUUGGCUGCCAGAAACGUUCUCGUCGGAGAAAAUUUAGCGGCAAAGAUUGCCGACUUCGGGCUUUCAAGAGGAGAGGAGGUCUACGUGAAGAAAACCAUGGGGCGCCUGCCUGUACGUUGGAUGGCAAUAGAGUCGUUGAACUAUAGCGUUUACACAACAAAGAGCGAUGUAUGGUCCUUUGGGGUCCUGCUUUGGGAGAUUGUAAGUUUGGGUGGGACACCGUAUUGUGGAAUGACUUGUGCCGAGCUGUAUGAGAAGUUGCCCCAGGGAUACAGAAUGGAAAAACCGCGGAAUUGCGAUGAUGAGGUGUAUGAACUGAUGAGACAAUGCUGGAGGGACCGACCUUACGAAAGACCACCCUUCACCCAGAUAUCGCUGCAGCUCAUCCGCAUGUUAGAAGCCAGAAAGGCAUACGUGAACAUGGCUCUGUUUGAGAACUUUACCUACGCGGGAAUUGACGCCACGGCUGAGGAGGCUUAAAGGACCCAGGACUGUCAUAAGACGUCAUGGCAUCAGCUGCUGGACAUUCGGACUUAUUGAACAUGACCCCCAGCGCUGUGCCGUAGCCCAUGUUAAAACGGACAUUAUCGUAUGAUAAAGCUAACGGCGGGACGCUACGGGGAGCCUCUCGCACAGCCAGCCGCGUAUGCAUAGGACUACUGCACGGUGUGGAUUUGUGCCUUUUAAAUAGUUCAGUCUACUUGUUGUUUAUACAUUUUGUGUCUAUUAAUAGUGUGUGUGCGUGUCUGUCGACGGGUGAUAAAAAAAUGUGAGGCUAGCCUCGCUAUUGUACAGCUAAAUACUGCCAUAUAUAUAUAUAAAAAAAUGUAUCAAGUUCAUCAACGUUUAUGUAAUGUACAAAAUAUUGCGUAAUGAUUCAGUGGUUUUCUUUUAUGCAAAAGAGGAAUGUGAAAUUCUGUUUUCCCGAGCCUAUAUCGUGAAAAAUAUUAUGCCGUCAUUUGUUAUAAUAAAAUCAUCAUUGC